GGUCGAGUUUCAAAGGUUCAAAUUUGUGUGAAGACGUGAAUGUUUUUGACUUUCCACAGACUCCCGCUGUGUUCCCAUCAUGCCUCGCCUCGUCUAGCUGAGACGCCGUCGCCAUGAGGAGGCUGAGGAGGCGGCGGGCGGUGCGGUCCGUCCUCUGACCCGUCCGUCUGUGUGGAUGGAGGAUGUGGUUCUGCACUGUCGGUCCGGAUCAGCCGCCGAGCUUGAGUCUCUGCUGGAGACCACGGAGAAGCUUCUGGAGUCUUUCCCUUGCAGGACUCCUCCGCCCUUCACCUCGUGGUUCCCCGCCGCCGCAGACCGCCACCUGCCCAUCAGACCGGCCAGACCAGCUCCCGUCAUCAGCCGCUGGACAGACAGCGGGACGGACAGCGGGACGGACAGGGGGACGGACAGGGGGACGGACGCUCAGAACAAACCACAGAAACCUGAGACUGACGGUCUCGAUGAUCGUCCACCUGCAGAGACUGAGAAUGUCGUCUCAGAAACCCCGAACCACCUCCUCCCCGAGAGCGAGGUCACCAGACCGCCUCCUGAGGAGCACCGUGACGUCCCCCUUGUCCUCCCUGUCCCCCCUGUCCUCCCUGUCCCCCCUGUCGCCCACUCGCCGGUCAAACGCUCCUGGAGCGUCUUCACUCAGAGAGGAGCUGUGCUGCCGAGCUCGCCGUCUCUGUCCAAGCGGUUCCAUGACAUGGUGUCCGUCCACAGGCUCCACCUCCAGCAGCGGGCCCGAUGGGUCAUCAGUGAGGACAACUGUGGGACGGCGAGGGACAUCGAGCAGGUCAGCCGCAACCUCAACGGAUUUAUUUGUUUACAUACUGAAUUUAUUUAAAAGUUCAGAUUAAGCCGAUCACCGUAGAA